ACCAGUUACAUUACACAACAAAAAACAACUUUAAAAUGUUAGCUGGUCAUGGCAUAUCAUGGACUCUCUUUGUUCUCCGAGUCGAAUCGUUCUGGUCACUUUCUUCCUCCUCUGCUUCUUCGCCGGAGCUUUAUCGGCGAGAAGACCUGGUUUCAUCUACACCAGACACAGAGGACGAUGCACGCCACAGUAUUGGAGCAGCCAGAGGGAAGAAUGGCCGAGGAUGGUACCGGAGAGAUCAACGGUAGAGAAAAUAUUCGGAGUGAUGGUAGCAAAAGAACGGUGGAGAUCUGAUCUAACGCUAGUGGAAUCAACGGCUAGGAAUGACGAAGAAGGUAACGCGUACGGUGCGUUGCUGAAACAGGGGAUCGCAGCUCUUGUCAACUCUUACGCGAGAAGAAGUUUCUCUUAUGCACCAUGGGAAGUGAAGACGAUGCUGAUUCAAGCCAUGGUUUCGGAGCCGGCUGCUCGCCGGCAAGCCGAAAAGUUCGCCGUCGCUAACGUUGCUUGAAACGCAAGAUCAGAGUUUCUUCCCGCUAUUGGGUAUUCAAGUCAUCGUCGGUUCAGCGUUGUCAGCGAGUUCUCGAAGAAUAUUAGUGGAGAAGCUGAUAGCAAUCCUGAAUUUCAAAGAACAGUGAAGGAGCUUAAGGAAAGAGUAGAAGAGUUGAAAAGUGUAAAAGAGGACCUGCAAGUUAGAACGAAACAAACGACUGAUCAGCUGUACAAGCAAGUUGAUGGUGUGUGGACGGAGGCUGAAUCUGCGGCCAAAAAGGUCUCUUCAAGUGUGAAAGAAAAGCUCUCAGCAGCCACUGAAGAGGUCAAGGAGUCAUUCAAGCUCGGGAAGGAGGAGAAUGCAGAGUCAGCAAGUUCAUCAGGCACAGGAACCUCUCAAGGAGAAAAACAGCAGCAUCAGCAAUCAGGUUCUACAGAGGAACUACAUACAUUUUUUACAAAGUUCAAGUCAAGUCUUGCUUCGCCAAAGGUAUCCGAGGCGUUUUACAAGCUGAAGGAAGCCAAACCCUUUGACAUAGUAAAGAAGACACUUGACAUUGUGAAGGAGGAGUUGCGUGGAAACCCAUCUAGAAAGAAGUUCUUAGAAUAUACACCUCCCCCGCCAUUCACAGGUGAGAGAAGUAUGAGAACGGAGAUGGUGCUUACGCCAACAAAACAGUCUAAGUGGCAACAAAAGUGGGAUUCCUUUAGAGAAACGGUAAGUGGUUCUCCUGUAUUCAAACGUCUAAGCGGGAUGAGUGAGCCUGUUGUCAACAAGAGCCAAGAGAUUGCAGAAGAUGUGAGGGAAAUAUGGGAAACCAGUGAUAAUCCGAUUGUUCACAAGAUUCAGGAUAUGAAUGAGAUGUUCUUGAAGGAAACAGAUUCUGCAUCAACUUACAAAGAGAUACGAAACCGAGAUCCAUCGUUCUCCUUGCCAGACUUUGCUGCAGAAAUUGAGGAAGUCAUCAGACCAGUCUUGAAUGCAUACAGUGAGGGAGAUGUUGAGACCUUGAAGAAGUAUUGCAGCAAGGAAGUGAUUGAACGGUGCACGGCAGAGCUCACAGCUUACCAAACUCAUGGUUUCUUUUUCGAUAACAAGCUUCUGCAUAUAUCUGAAGUUCGAGUUUCAGUGACAAAGAUGAUGGGAGAUUCCCCAAUAAUCAUAGCCAAGUUCCAAACGCAAGAAAUCUACUGCGUUCGCGACAAGAAUGGAGAAAUCCAAGAAGGAGGCCAGGACACGAUACACACGGUGUACCACGAAUGGGCAAUGCAACAAGUGGAGACAACAGAGUUAGGUGAAGAUGCUAUUUAUCCCAUUUGGAGGCUCAGAGAGAUGCGUAGAAAUGGUGUUCAAGCUCUCAUUUAAACCCUUUUUAUUAAUCUUUUAACCUUAUAAUAAAAGCUAAGCCUCUCUAAUAGAUAUGAUUCUUUAAU